AUGGAUCUCGUCGGGAACCCCAUGGCGUCGAGGACUGAUUGCGGUGAAAUUGCCGAUGAUUACAACACAUUCUACUCGGAGUAUUUCGCUACACAGAAGGAAUUCAUGGAGACUGCCAACAGAUUCCUCGAAAAGUCCAAGUUGCCUCCCAUGGAUCUUGUACAAGCAGAUGCGUCCGGCUGGAACACAGUACAGUCAAGAAUGGAACAAGCAUGCUCCGCGAUUGAAAAGGUGUCAACUCAGGAGAAAGAGCUGUCGGGUAUGAGGGGCAAGAUGGUCAAGGCAUUCCGCGGCCUUUGUCGGAAUGCAGCAACUGGCAAACUCUUUACCUCGCUCAUUCCUGACGACAUGGGCGGCUCCGUGCUCUGCGGCGGCUUGAACGUGAUUUGUACGGCGCUUGAGCAAACCUCUGUGCACCGCGAGGCCGUGUACAAAGCCUUGGAGAGAUUGCCACGCAUCCUCAACAACCAUGUAGAGUUCUUGGAAUUGGUCGGCCAAGAUGCCGACAUCCACCAGCGCGCAGCAAAGUUGUACACCGAGGUAUUACGAACCCUCAAUCAUAUUCUCCGCUGGUAUACGACGAACGCGUUUGUUGUGGGUGCUAAACGCCUGAUCAAUCCUUCUGCACUUUCCGCCAACCUCAAUGACCACAUCACCGAAGUCCAAUUGGCGGCAAAGGAUUUGAAGUCGCGGGCAACGUUUGUCUUGUGGAAGAAAUCAAGUAACAAUGCAGAGGAGGUGCUGGCGCUUGGCGCCAAUAUUGGUCGCCAAUUUGAAUGCGUCAACCUCAACAUCCAGCAACUGCACACGGCGUCUUACGAUAUCAUUGAGAAUCUCAUUCACAACAAUGUGAAAUCACUGCUUGGUGAUUAUAUGCAGAGCUUGGCAAUCAAGCAUACGAGCAAUUCCUUGUUGCCCGCUGCGAGUCACCCCAUAACCACAUCCGCAGAGUUCUUGAGAGAGCUAGAGUAUGAUCCGAACUUGAUCAUCAAAGAUGUGAAUGAGUUACGCCGCCUGUAUUUCACCAAUACCGUGUCAAGGCCCGACGCCAAUCGACUCUGGGCAUUCAAGGAAAAUCGCCGAGUAACAGCCUGGAGAACUGUCCAUGAAGACUCGUUGAUGCUCGUCAACGCCCGAUCAGGAGACUCUAUGGAUUGGUCAACAACUAUGGUCAACGCUACGUUCAUUCGCUGCCUGAUCGAGGAAAAGCCUGAUUUUACAAGAAUAAAUACCAUACCUUUGGGUUUCUUUUGCAGCCAGCAUCGAGACCCUUACCGAGAUGAAGAAGCAAAGCCAGAGAGGAUAGCACUAAACUUGGUCCUACAACUGGUACACCAUUUCCCCAACUUUGAACCGACAGAUCUCCGCAAAUGCUUGGAUAAGCUAGAAAGGGACAAUAUUGACAGUAUAUUCAGAAUAUUCAGAUAUCUGGUAAAGAAGCUGCCAGAAACUGCGAGGGUCUAUCUCAUUCUAGAUGGUCUUUCUUUCACGAGGGAAAACCAAGAGCGCAGCGUAUGGGAAAUUGUCGACCAUCUCAUAUGCAUACUGCUUGAAAAGAAGCACAAGGCGACUCUCAAGUUCAUGUUCUGCAGCCCCACCAGAGCCAACUUUCUCGAAAAGCUGUUUGAUGACAGCGAAAUUCUCAACUUGCCAUUGGCUCCCAUGUCAUUGCCGGGAAAUUCAUUGCUUCGUUUACGGUAG